AUGCCGUCGAAUACGAGAGUGGCUUCAAUCUCUCACGGAUCAGACUUCUCUCUAUCACUACCCCCCGAUGGAGGCUCUCGCGCGUGGACUCAAGUCCUUUGCAUGCACUUCGUCUUCUUCAACACAUGGGGCGUCAGCAACAGCUUCUCCGUGUACCAGCAGCUAUACACCGCAUCCUUCACACAGUCCGCCUCGGAGAUCUCCUGGAUAGGCAGCGUGCAAGUCUUCCUCCUCUUUUUCAUUGGCGUCCUGGCUGGCCGCGCCACCGACGCUGGCUACUUCCGCCCCGUGUACAUGGCCGGCGUGCUCCUGCAACUCGUCGGCAUCUUCAUGCUCUCGCUCUGCAAAACAUACUGGCAGGUGUUCCUGGCGCAGGCCGUCUGCAUGGGGCUGGGGAACGGCCUCGUCUUCACCCCGGGGCUGUCCGUCAUGUCCUCGUACUUUGAAAAGAACCGCGCCUUCGCCGUCGGCCUGGCUGCGUCCGGCGCCGCCACUGGCGGAAUGGUCUACCCCGUCGUCGUCAACCAGCUGCUGUACACGCACAGCAUUGGCUUCGCGUGGACGACGCGCGCCGCCGGCCUCGUCAUGCUCAUCACCCAUCUCCCCGGCCUUGUGCUCUUCAGACCGCGUCUGCCGCCCCGCACCACCGGCCCCCUGAUCGACUGGGAGGCCUUCACCGAGCGACCCUUCGUCUUCAUCACCCUGAGCAUGUUCCUCAACUUCUGGGGGCUGUACUUUGCCUUCUUCUACCUCGGCACCUUUGCCCGCGACCGCAUCGGCAUCGAACACACCCAGGACCUGGUGCUCGUGCUCAACGGCGUCGGCGUCGUCGGCCGCAUCGUGCCCACCCUCAUCGGGGACAGGGUGCUGGGCCGCCUCAACACGCUCAUCCCCAGUAGCCUGGCCUCUAGCGUCUUGAUCUACUGCUGGAUCCCGGUGUCGACGCAGGGCGGGCUGUAUGCGUUUGCGGCCGUGUAUGGGGUUGUGGGUGGCGCGGCGCAGGCCCUCUUCCCCGCGUCCAUUACGACAAUGAGCCCGGAUAUCAAGAAGACAGGCACGCGCGUGGGCAUGAUACUCAGCAUUGUGAGUAUUGCGACGCUGACGGGGCCUGCGAUCGAGGGGGCGUUGAUCCACCGCGCUGGGGGGAGUUAUCUCUACGCGCAGAUAUUUGCUGCCACGUCCAUUCUUGUCGGGGCGUUAGCGGCGAUAGCUGCGAGGAUAGCAAAGGCGGGUUGGGCGUGGGAUGUCAAGGCAUGA